UGACAAUUCUCGCGCGUUCUUCCUCAGUCAGAUUCAACACCUGGCCUCCAUGCCUCCUUGACAUUGAUUUAACCAUUAAGCGUCUUUCCUUAUUCCGAUCUCAAUUGCCAAUCCCCGUCAGCUUCGAUAUCUCUCUGUUCUUGUCAGCCAGCCCGAUCUGCUCCUGGAUCCGUUCGUCAGGCUCCGCACUUCUUAAAAUCCACCUGUCACAAACGGCCCCCCCAGCGUCCGUGCAAGCCAGAACCCUUACUCGUGUCCUUCGAUCCUGAAGCACCUGGUGCUGCUUCAACCCGACAAUAUCCUCUCGACCUCUCGAUCGGCCGAUUCUCACGAGAGAAGGCGGUUCGAGCCUAGCUAUGGCACAGGACAAGGACAACGCGGCCAAAGCGGUCGCCGUGCGGCCCAAGAUGCCUGGCUUCACCGAUUCAUUCUGGUCCGCCGACUAUGCCGGUGGAUUAGGGGUCUUGUUCGAAAAGCUGCACCAGGGUGUGGUCGAGAACCAGCAGAUACUGUCCAUUGCCAGCAUGCGGGCCGACGCCGAGGAGAUGUACAGUGAUCGGUUAGGAGACAUUGCACCCACUAUCGAUCGCAUGGCGGGAGGCUUUGCAAGAGACGAUGGUGCAAGCGUGCGCAAGGCUUACGAAGGCGUCCGCGGCGAAAUGGUCGAAGCCACCAAGAGUCACAAGAAGAUUGCCGACAACAUUCGAGAACUUGUGGUGAACCCUUUUUCGCGGUGGUGCGACUCACAUGCGACAAGAAUACAAAAUUCCCAAGAUGACCUCCAAGCCAAGAUCAAAGCCCUCGAUCGUCAGUCCGAUGCAGUCAAGAAAUUGCGCAGUCAUUAUUUCAACAAGUGCAGACUGGUGGAAGAUUUGGAAGAGGAGAAUAAAAUGGCGUUUCAGACAGCCGCCCAAGAGAGUCCCAAGCCACAAAGCCCUCCUCCCAAGAUCAUCUUACCGGAAGAUGACAUUGAUGAGUUGCCUAUAGACAUUGGAGACAAGUCCUAUUCUCCCGACGAAGUCAAAGUCUUGUUGACAAGAAUGUUGAACGUCAUCCCACUUGGUGAAUUCAAAGUCCCUAUAUUAGGAACUUAUCAGAAUGUCUCCUCAGGCUCUGACAUUACCGACUACAUUCAGAAGCAUAUGGGUGCACCUACCGUGGGCUAUGCUGAGCAGAUUGGACAGGAUUUGGUUGAUCGAGGUUUCUUACGGCUCGUGGGCAAUAUGGGCAAUACCUUCGCCAACAGCUCCCGCAUGAAGUAUCAAUGGAAGCCUCGAGCUUUCAAGAUCUCAGGAAUUCCGGAGAAGAAGAUCAUUAUCAGCCGAUCAACUACCAACUCUUCACUUGAUGCUUUGGCCGAUUCUCCGAUUGGAAACAUCACCGAAACCCUACAAACCUGGAAUCCUUUGAACAACCCUCAUCCUAACGAAACUCCCGCGCAAAGACUGAAGCGAGAAGCAAGAGAAGCCGACGACAAGUAUAAAGCAGGUGUGAGGAGGCUAGAUCUACUCAGAUGCAACCUUGAAGAAUCCAUGAUGGAUCAUCUCAAAUUUCUCGAACGAUGCGAGACGGAUCGUCUCAAGGCUAUCAAGUCGGUGAUACUCGAUUUCUCGGGUACCAUCAGCAACAGUAUUCCCUCAUUCCAAAGUCAGGUCGAUCACAUGAUGCUUUACCAAGAAACCAUCCAGCCCCUGGGCGAUCUGCGAUAUCUCCUAGAGAAUUAUCGGACGGGACCAUUUGCUCCCAAAGUGACGCCGUAUGAGAAUUACUAUGGAAGCGUUGACGAUCAGACUUUUGGUGUCGACCUGGAAGCUAGGGCAAGGGCAGAUCGAAAACGAGUACCACUCGUUGUCACUUCGAUUUUGACCUUCCUAGACAAUCAUUAUCCGGAUCUUGAAGGAGACGAAGCGCGAAGAAAUAUCUGGCUGGUUGAUGUUCCUCUGGCAGCUACGCACCAUCUACGAAACCAGAUCAACAAUGGACAGGCCGUGCCGAGAGAAGUGCUGGAGAAGUAUGAAGUGCCUAUUGUUGCAAGCGUCUUGAAACUGUAUCUGCUCGAGCUUCCUGACUCCCUUGUCUCAUCACAAGUCUAUGAAAUCAUCAAGACCAUAUACGCAACCACCGCAGAUGCAACCCCGAAUCCAAUCUCGAGCGAUUCAAUUGACGCCACGCCACGAAUCAAAGUCUUGCAGUCGACACUGGGUCAGCUUCGUCUAAACAACAUUGCUACCUUGGAUGCCAUCGCUACACAUUUCACCCGAUUGAUUGACCUGACAUCAGCCGAUGAAGCUUAUAUUGUCGCACUAGCCCAGUCUCUGGCGCCAUGCAUCUUACGGCCACGACUCGAGAAUUCUCUUACUCUAGAGGAAAAGCACGCCUACCGACUAAUCCGUGAUCUUUUCGACCACAAAGAAGCCAUAUUUGGUGAACUCAAACGCCAAUCAUCUACAGGUGGCUCUGGACCUGCAAACCGUUCUCGAGCUGUGAGCAACGCCAAUCCUGAUGAGAGCUCUCGGCGGGCGCACAUGGAGGCUCGAGCCAGAGCCAUCACCGAACAAAGACAGAGAGACAAAAGUCCAGCACCUACGAACAGACAUCGUCGCGACAAGAGCACAGAUGGCAGCCUCGGACGAUUCCCUGUAAUUGCAAGCCCACGCCCCGAGCACGGUCGCUCCCCCAGUGGUGUAGGGUUUCCCACCAAGAGGUCCAGUCUGGAAGUUCCAGGAAGCAACGAGUCUUCGCCGGUGCAACAACGAAAUCAAUCGGCAGUCAACGCGAAUUCCUCGGUCAGGGCCGAGCAGGAUAGCACCGCAAAUGAGGAUGAUCAAAUGCCAUCUUCACCAGUGCCAAUCCUUCCUAGUACAUUCAGCGGAGGUGGACCUGGACCCCACAUUCCUCCUCCUUUGGAUGACGACAGCAACGAUUCCGACACGCAGUCGCCAGUACCACUUCCCAAAGAUGACAAGCCAGCUGCAACCAGUGGCUCGAUCAAAAGAGUCGCAGCUGUAGGAAGAAAUGCUCCGGGAAGCCUGAAGAGAACACCAGUUCCGAGUCAGUUGCAAGGAGUCCAACUGACGGAUCGCCCGAUGGACGACUUUUCAUGAGACAGGAUAUGAUAAACCAAAAAAUGGCAUUGGUUUUCUAGCGGGUACAAAACAUCGAGUUUGACCAACACAGUCGGAAACAGUUUCUUUGAGUGAUGAUGGAUGUAUGUUAUUCAGGUGUUUUUUUGUUACCGUUGUUGCUCUUACGAAGCUUGGGUGUUUUUGGGCGCCAGCUGUGUCAAUCAACCCUUUUUCCAGUUUCGAUAGACUUACUAAGGGCAACGGAUAUCCUACGUGACACACGAAUCGACAGGAUGGGGGUUACAGCAGCAAUCAGUCUCUUCAUUUCCUCUAGGAAGAAGAUGGGAGCAGAGGGACAAUGAAUGUCCAUAUCAGACGGAAGAGUCGACAUGAUGUCUAUUCUGUCAUGUCGAAUUCAGAAACGACCGGUAGAGCCAUUAGGUAACUUAUGUAGUGUAAACUCUAGUAAAGGUAACAACGAUAUCAUACAUGGAUACCUAUACCUUUACAGUGGAUGUAUGUAUAUUUUUAUUUGCCCUUGAA